UGGAAUGUAAGUGGCAAAGGGUGGUGGAUUUGAGGGUUGCUCUUGUUCCUUUCUCUUCAGCCAUUUACGCUCUCAGUCAAUACGUUAUUUGGCCGCUCUCACCCCAGUCUCAUAUCUUAGAGAGACUAUGGAGAACAGUGAUGGAGGGCAGGUCCUAAAAGGUAUUUACUUGGAAUGUAUAAUAUGUACAUUGGACUAUGGACUGGAUGCUGAUCGUGUUCCCCGUGUUCUUAACUGCGGCCAUACUUUCUGCCACUCGUGUCUCAGGCAGUGUCUCCGGAACGACGGGAUACCCUGUCCUUUCUGUUCCGCCGUGACAGGUGUGACAUUCGGCGAUGUUUCCCGGAUACCGGUCAAUUAUAGUAUACUGGACAUGUUAGCGAUUGAAAAUAAACCGGAAGAAGAGGAGGAAGAUGAUGAACUAUGCGAAGUCUGUGUUAAAGUCCCCCCUACCAUUAUAUGUGUGUCUUGCUCUCCGAUGGGUGUCAAGUUUUGUGAUGAAUGCGAUAAAAAGGAACACAAUCGCUCCUUUAAACCGGUCCAGCUCCACAAGCGUAUACCUCUCAAAGAUUACAAUUUCUCCAUAAUGUGCUCCAGACAUAACGGAACUGUGGCCACUCAUUAUUCUGAGCUCCUCAACCACUUUGCCUGUCUUCAGUGUCAGAGUGACCCUGAUUGGAGCGGGCGGAGUCAGAGCUUUCUACAAGUCAUUGACGCAGCCGAACACUUGAGAGUCCGAGCUGCAAAGUACAACUACCAGUGUAGCUUGACUAUGAAGCAGCUUCACAACACUCAGAAGGAGUUGGACUCGACUCUGUUGAAACUGGUCCAGUCUGCUGGUGAAGCUAAACUUGCUAUUACCAGUGAGUUUCAAAGACUAGCUGAUGCACUUCAGUUGAGGCAACAGAAGCUUUUGAAACGUGUUGAAGAAGAAUAUCGAAAUCGCAAGGAAAGUCUAGAGCAACAGAAAAGUCAAGUUAUAGAAAGGUCCCAUGCUUUAAGUGGGCACCACGAGCACCUGAAGAGUCUCCUCCAGCGCUCAAACGAAGACUUCCUUCGGGGAUAUAACCACGUCAUGGAUGGUGUCAUGGUAUAUUUACACGGUGAAGAUAACAACAGCUUAUUCAGUGUCUCUGCACCUGGUGACCUACCAUUCUUCUUUAGAGGAAAAAUGGAGGAAGAGAUGAAGUCCCAUGGAGCAGUUGGGGGAGGUCCCGUCCCUCAGAACAUAUUAUGUCAGCGUGUUCCACUCCAUCAGUCCACCAUGCCUCAGUUGUCAUGGUCUCUUCCUCAGUACAAUAAUGAAGUGACUCAGUAUGAGGUAGAGUAUGAGUACAUACCUGAUGAGCGUCCCCCUAGUCCUGGUAACAGUGGCCUGUUAUCUGCGGGUAUGUCUCAGCCUGCUGUCGUCCCUAAGUCGGGAAAAGCACAGGCUCAUAUCAUGAAUGAUCUUGUUCCUGGGUGUCGCUAUCGUUUCAGAGUGCGAUCAAGGAGCAUUGCUGGUUGGGGGAUGUGGAGUGACUCCACUACAGGUCGGUUUGAUGGGUUCCCUGUACAGAUGGGAUUCACUGGUGAAAAAGUCUCCAUUAAAGUCCCAGUGAAUGGUGAAUACCGCAUCACUGCAGCUGGUGCUAAAGCUGCCAAUGGUGGCAAGUUUAAAGGUGGACGUGGAGCCAUAAUAUCAGCGGUUUUUAAACUAGAGGCAUACGAUCGUAUUGAAGUCGCUGUUGGUGGGAUGUCCCAGAUGGGGACCGAGGGUCACUCUGGAGGCGGUGGUGGUACAUUUGUGUUGCUCUCCAAUCUAGGAGAAUGUAAACUGGAUAACCUCCUGAUUGUUGCAGGAGGAGGAGGAGGAACUCGUGGAUAUGAUGACCAAGAUGAGGAUGGGUAUGACGCUAGUUUAGAGACUUCUGGAAUCGACGGACGAGGAAAUGAACACGGGGAGGGAGGUAAAGAAGGUUUGCCUGGUACAGACGCUGACUAUUCAUGGUAUCAAGGUCCCUGCUGGGGCUGUGGCGGAGCUGGCUUCACUAAAAGCUCUAAAACAGCCAAGUGUUAUUCUGAAGGGCUCGAAGGUGGUCAAAACGGUGGUUUUGGAGGUGGUGGAGGAGUGGGACUGUAUGGAGGAGGAGGAGGUGGUGGAUUCUCUGGAGGAGGAGGAGGGAGAGGAGGUGGAGGAGGAGGGAGUUAUGUCAAGAAGACAGCAACACAAGUCUCUAAGAGAGUGGGCAAUGAGAAGGAUGGCUACGUUCGUAUCGAGCGAGUCAAUUCGUCUCAGGACCCACUGAUUUGUAUAUCACGUAAAGAAAUAUUUAACGGGACAGGACUGAGUGGUAUCAUUACUCCAAGGAGUGAGAGUUCGUCUGGUAGCUCCUCUCCAACAAACAACAGGAGUCCACAGAAUACACAGCUCAUACAAUAAAUAUGACAUGACUGCUUGUCUGUGAUUUAUUGAUGUUAUUUUUACCUGACGUUUACUACUAUUACUAACUGUAUGCUAGCACUUUUUUGUGGUGCAACUUAACGUACUCUAGCUCUCUCUAGAUCCCUCUAGUGUCUGUGUUGAGUGUAUAUGUAUAUACAUGUACAUAAAGUGUAUGUUCCUCUUUUCUUGUUAUGUAUUCUGUUUCAGGAGAGCUCAGUUGAUUGAGUUUCGCUUGAAGUUUGGCAGCUGUUGCUGUAUUGGCUGGUGCCUCAUUGAUGUCUCUUUCUCUUACUGACUGGACGAUCCGUUACUAAAGGAUUACAGACAUUAUUAUUAUUAUGUGUUGAUAUAGGACUAAUGUUUUGUGUGUGCUUCAACAUGACUUAGCAAUCAAAUCCUUUUUUAUUCAUUAUAACCAAACCAUCAUGUAUUAUGUUCAUUUUAAUGCAUGUUUGUUAAUGAUAAUUUAAAAUAAUUUUUGGGCUGAGCCAAUUUCAAUGAAAAUUGUACUUGCAAGUGA